AUGCUAGUGAAGAAGCUUUCUGUAGAUCUGCCAAUCCAGAAGAAAAACCUUGCUUUCUUGCUGGCGAUGCUCGAGUCAAUGAAAAUCAAGGUAGAAAAGACAUUCUCUUUUUAAAAAUCUUUCAAAUCACCAAUCAAAAUUCAAGUCAAAAGUAAACAGAGUCGUAUUAUUUAAAAUAGUAUAAGUGAAAGUGCCGCCCAAGACGCAUAAUUCGUUUUGUGUGUUUUGUCAUCUUUCUAUUCAUUUGAUUCAUUUACAGUCACUUAACUUUUUAAAGAUAAAGGGAGAAAGAAUGAAUGAAUGAAACAAAAGAAAACUAAAGAAAGAGAUAAGAUAGAAUGGAAAAGGGCAAGAUAUAGCUAAACUUCAGUUAAAAUAACCUUUAAAUCAAAGUACCCAUUUAUGAUUGAUGAAACCCGAUACCUCAGGUACAAUUUGUACCGUAACAAGCAAGGUUUGACUGACAUGUACGUGUAGCAUUUCAGGGCGCUCACUUAGAAUAUAGCCUGCGAACAGGCUCCUAAGAAAAGCGGACCAAAAACAAAUUGGCGAAGGAAGCAAGCCUAUGUGGACAGGAAUGUUAUUAAAGCCGGCGCAUUCAAAGGUAAAAACAAACUAAUUUGACAAGUCUAAUUACCUUAUUGACAAAUUUGUUAGAGGAUGAUUGCAAGUGGGUGCGCUACGUAGAUAGAUGAUAGAUAGAUGCAAACUAGUACGAAACUGGACAGUAUUAUAGUAAUUAACUAACAAAUUCUAAAUUUUCAUGCAAAACUCGUCUCUUAAUCAGCAUAAAGGAAUAACCGUGGAGUAAUUUUAUUGCAGCUCUUAUGGCGAUGCACACUUUGUGGGUUCGCGAGCACAACCGUAUUGCAACAAACCUUAAAUUGCUCCGUCCCUACGCGGAUGACGAGACUGUUUCAAGAGGCGCGUAAGAUUGUAAUAGCAGAGCUUCAACAUAUCACCUAUAAUGAGUGGCUUCCAGUGUUAUUCCCCAGUAAAGAAUUGGUAAGAACUUUAUCAAAGUACGUUAUAUCCGCACCGAUGAUGAAUCCUCUUACGGCCUCUUGAACUAACUUGUUCUUCUGUUGAUAAUCAUUUCACUAAUAAUCUUAGGCAUUUAAUUAAUUUAACCGAUAGAACGUACUGUGGUUUAAGAUUUGACUUCCCUAAAAGCAUACGUGAUGGAUAAUGCGCAAUUAAUUUCCUGAGAGACCCACAGUUUGAUGAGGCUAAAGAACCGGUAAACAAAUUUCAAAUUUUGAAAUUUUGAAGUGUAAUUUUUUAUUUUCCUUAAUUCAGUCUCUAUGUUGUUUAAAAUAACGUUUUGGCUAUAAAUGUCAGCCUUAGUCAUAUUCUUGAGAUGUUUUUAAGUUUAAUUUUACCUUAACCGUUCUUCAAAAAAGGGUUCGUACUGAAAAAGUCACUGUGUGACUGUCAGUUCAAUGCCAAGAAAAGGAAAUGUUGACCAGUGCAGAGAAUACGUUUUUUGUUACAAUAACAAAAACAGUAAAUUUUAAAAUCAUUUAAAAAAAAUUUAAAUAGUUUAACUCUCACGGAGGAAUUCGUUCCUAAAUUUUAACUUCGCUUUAAAAUGAAAUACAUUUGCACCUUGUCUAGUAUUUUACUGAUUCGCUAAAAAUGCUCUAACUUAGGAACAAAUGCGUCUUGUUGUCAAAGUAACAAUUUUGCAUGAUUCUUACCUUUGCAAUCAUUUAUUCUUUUAUUUCUUUCUUUCUGUUCUAACGCUUGGCCCAGCGUGCACGUGUGUUGAGCUCUAACUCAUUUUAAGCUAAGUCUAAACUAAGGGGGCCUCCAUACUUGGAAAAAAAAACAGCCACUUAACUGAAAACUGAUCGGCGAAAGCAACACACAUUAUUUGCGUCAUCCUUGCCCCGGCAUUUAAUACAAGAGAGCGCAUUUUAAGAAUGUUUUUAUAUUUUUUUUUUCAGAGAAAACAAUUUGGUGUUCUUUUAAAACCUAAAGGAAAAUUCUUCACUGGAUAUGACCCCGAAGUGAAUGUGCAAUGCACCAACGUUUUCUCUACAUCCGCUCUGAGAAUGGGUCACAGUUUAAUUCGCGCCGUUUUUGAUUUGAGAUCAGCC